GUCGCGGUGGGCGUAUCUACCACGACGACGCGCCCCGCUCCCUCGCUGAAUAUUGAUGAGACGUCUCGCGGAGCGUGUUGUCGUGAAGCGUGGCGCGCCGCCGGAUUGGACAAGGCUGUGUGUGCGUCGUGACGCGCGUCGCGGCGGUGCGGGUCCCGAUUGCUGCAGCCGCUUGUCAGUGUGACGAAGAUUGGCACCCAGUCUUAGAAUUCCAGUCCAUGAGACCAGCAAGACCUCUCAGACAAUGCAAAGGAGUUGAAAAAUCAGAAACCAGGGAGCACUCCAAAGAGCUGGAAUAGAUUUAACAAAUGAAAUGGCUUCAUGGAAUCUAUUCAGAUAAAAGAAGAGAGAAGAGAUAAUUUACUGAAAUUUUGAACUAAGAUAUGAUGGUUUGACUUUCUGAGAACUCUCAGUAACCAUGAUGGCAACGCAGACAUUAAGUAUAGACAACUAUCAAGAUGGACAACAACAGAUGCAAGUAGUACCAGAGUUGAAAACUGAGCAGGAUCCAAACUGCUUGGAAGCAGAUGCGGGAGGAUUGAGUCCUUCACCAGUAGAGACCCAAACACCGAUGGAUGCGGACAAGCAGGCCAUUUACAGACAUCCACUGUUCCCCUUAUUAGCACUGUUAUUUGAAAAAUGUGAACAAUCUACGCAGGGUUCAGAAGGCACAACAUCUGCAAGUUUUGAUGUAGAUAUUGAAAACUUUGUUAGAAAACAGGAGAAGGAAGGAAAACCAUUUUUUUGUGAAGAUCCAGAAACUGAUAAUUUAAUGGUUAAGGCAAUUCAGGUUCUAAGAAUUCAUCUGCUUGAGCUAGAAAAAGUCAAUGAGCUCUGUAAGGAUUUCUGUAGUCGCUAUAUUGCAUGUCUGAAAACAAAAAUGAACAGUGAAACUCUGCUAAGCGGAGAAUCUGGAAGCCCUUAUUCACCUAUACAACCCCAGUCCAGCAACUUUAAACAUGAUAAAGAUAGCUUGGAUUUGCUGGAGCAGCUGUCUUCAUGGAAAGAGUCACCUGAAAAUCCAAUUCAAAGUGCCAUCACAGGUACAUUAAGUCCCCAGGGCAUUGUGGUACCUGCAUCAGCAUUGCAGCAGGGAAAUGUAACUAUGGCAACUGUUGCAGGUGGGGCGGUAUAUCAGCCAGUGACGGUGGUCACACCUCAAGGUCAAGUAGUGACACAGGCAUUGUCCCCUGGAACCAUCAGGAUCCAGAAUUCACAGCUCCAGUUACAGUUAAAUCAGGAUUUAAGCAUCUUGCAUCAAGAUGAUGGCUCAUCAAAAAAUAAAAGAGGAGUUCUUCCAAAGCAUGCCACCAAUGUGAUGAGGUCUUGGCUUUUCCAGCACAUAGGGCAUCCAUAUCCAACAGAGGAUGAGAAAAAACAGAUAGCAGCACAAACAAAUCUUACUUUACUCCAAGUUAACAAUUGGUUUAUCAAUGCUAGAAGGCGAAUUCUCCAGCCAAUGUUGGAUUCCAGCUGUUCUGAAACUCCAAAAACAAAGAAGAAAACAGCUCAAAACCGACCAGUUCAAAGGUUCUGGCCAGACUCCAUUGCAUCAGGAGUAGCUCAGCACCAAUCAAAUGAACUGACCAUGUCAGAUGGAGCAGUUGUAACAAUUACAGCUCCAGUCAACAUGAAUGUAGACAGUUUGCAAUCUCUUUCAUCUGAUGGUACUACUUUGGCUGUUCAACACGUCAUGAUGGCAGGGCAGAGUGAGGAUGAAUCUGUGGACAGCACUGAAGACGAUGGAGCAGACCUCUCAACUACAAACAUCAGUGGGCUGGUCUUGGAUAACAGUGAUUCUCUGCAGUAGGAAGCAAGAGAAUGUGACCUUAAAUAUUUAGGAAAAUUAAAGGACUGACAGACUUUUUAUAGUUUGCACAGCAAACAAUUUUACACAUGUUUUAUUUCUAAUAUGUUUUAUAUGUAGAUAUAGAAGAGUGCACUUUUUGUAUUUCAUAGUAAGCUUAAAGAGUGUCUUUGCAGGUGCAGCAACUUCUUUCAAAUGUGUUGUUUUCGGUUUUAAUUUUGAAAAUCUAGUAAUUUAAGGGGGGAAUCAUCACCCCAUUAUUUUCUUAGGGUAACUUUCUCACUCACAAAAUUGAUCCCAGAUUGACCUGAUAAGGGAAUGGGGAUGAUGGGAUUGCAGUCGUGGGGAAAUAUGGUGGAUGUCUGGUGGGGAAGUUCAACAUGGGCUUAAACAUACCACUGCCACAGAGUCACCAUCUUAUUCACUGUUUGCUGUUCUGUAGUGUUAAAUCUGCUGCAGUUUUGUGACAUAUGAAACUGCCCUUUGGGGAGAAUUGAAGUAUUUCUAUCUCCUUGAGAGUUAUGCAGUGUCAUCUAGUCCUGUUGCUUUAAGAUUAGUCUUGGUGGUUUAACAAUAUAAAUGUGAAGCAUGUCAAACUAGUAUAUGGAAUUUGUUUAUACAGUUAGCCAUGUAGAUUUGAAAGAUGCUUCUGCACCUUAAAAAACCCAGCCAGUCUGAAUUGAGCAAUGAAACACACAAAACAAAUUGAAGAUGUGUGAUUGAGAAAUGAAUGUAUGACAUUUUAAGGGAACUUAAUUGCUCAUAAAGUUUUUAGAUGGGAACUGCCAGAUUCCCCCUGUACCUGUUUAAAUUUGCAUUUGACACACUCA